AUGGCGCAGAUGUCGCUUCGAGAGCUUUUAAUGGUGUCAAUCCUCGAAUCUCUGGAAACGCGAAAAGAAACCCAGGCCUUGAAAGCCAAGAUACGGGCGCUUACAGAGCAUGUCGCCAUUCCUCUCACCAAAGAGAUCAAGUUCGAGUCGGCUUCUCAACCGACAUCAUCUUCAUCCGCUUAUCCCAGUAUCAACAAUCACAGACCCGCUGAGGCGCCCAUUCUUCAAAAUGCGUCAGGUGUGUCCGUGCCAAAAGCAUGA